AUGGAGAGCAGAAUGGACGCGUCAGUUGUAGCUCUUUUGACUUUAGCGUGUUUACUCUUGUGUGUCGAAACUUCAGGGGUAUUACUCAAUUCAAACAAGCGUAAUGGUGGCAACCACCAUUCUGAAACACACACAAGUUCUGAACAAUUAUCACACAGUAAAAAGAAAAACUUGGAAGAAAAUUUCGAUUUACGGUUUCAACCAAAUAUUCAAGGUGACGAGGACCACUGGAACACGUUAUUUCGAGAUGACUUUGAAAAAAAUCUCUCUAAAUCAGGCGUCACUGCUGUAAACAUUAUUCCUACAGCAGAUACGCCUCGCCACGAUGUGCUGCGAAGUCAGCCAAAGCACUCAGUAUGGUGGCGUGUUGAUCGUAGUCACUCCAGACCUGGUGUGUGGUUUGGAUCUCGCGCAGAACGGAGCCUUCCAGAGACUGGUACAUGGUUUGGCCCUCGUAUUGGACGCGGCAAUCCUGCCCCUGGUACGUGGUUUGGACCUCGUAUUGGACUCAGCAAUGCUGCCCCAGGUACGUGGUUUGGACCUCGUAUAGGGCGCAACAAUCCUGCCCCUGGUACGUGGUUUGGACCUCGUAUUGGACGCAGCAAUCAUGCCCCUGGUACGUGGUUGGGACCUCGUGUUGGGCGUAGCUACCCAGAAAAACCGAUGAGGUUUGGAGUUCGAGUUGGACGUAGCCAUCCAGAAGAGGGGAUAUGGCUUGGACCUCGUGUUGGACGCAGCCAUCCAGAUGCAGAGACGUGGUUAGGACCUCGUGUUGGACGCAGCAAUCCAAAACCAGGGACGUGGUUUGGACCUCGUAUUGGACGCAGCCAUUCUGAAAGCGAACACCAAAUGUCUGUUUCCUUUGUUAAACCAAUUAUAAUGUUCUGACGAAAUUUGACGCUUGGCAGUUUUAAUCCAC